AUGCCGAGGCACCUCCAGGAUUCGGAUUGGCAGACUUUUCAUUCAGAUGGUGGUUUUUCUGCGAGAGCUCGGGGACACUUGCUGUGUGCUGACAUUCACGCAAUAGCAUCCAUGCUGCGAAGAAGAACUGCCGCCUCAUCCUUCUUGUUUGGAGGCGACGACGAUCCUUUCAGUCAAAAGAUAAAGCCUUGGAAUUCGAAGUGUCCAAAGUGGAUGCCAGGCUAUGGCACACGAACUCAUGGGUUCUGCAGGAAGCUGAAGCCACUAAAGAAAACCUGGUUUCCGCCGGAAGAACCAGAACCUGAGGAAGAGCAGCCAUCAGGACCGCCUGAACAGCCACCGGGACGACGCAAACCAAGACCAAGAAAUAGAUCCGAGGACCACCCUCGACGACCUUCCCCUGCAACACGCAGGGCAGCAGCAGCCGGGGGUGCGGCGGCAGCUGUACACGGAGCUUCCAGGUCGUCCUCAAAGUCGGCCUGGGAGAAGCCGGCAGCUGAAGCCCGGCAGGACCAGAUGAAGGCAAGAACGGAGAAACCGGAGGUUCCGUUCACAGCUCCGGCAACGCCUCCGCGAAGGCGCACGCCCAGACGUCCGGCUCGAGAUCCUCCGAUUCCGCCAGGAGAGCUGGAGAAUGAUUUCGCACCGGCUCCAGCACCUUCCAAGCGACUGAAGCCCAAAAAGGGCCCAGGUCCCUUCCCGGAAGAGGAGCCCUUCGAACCUAAGCCGGGAAUUAUCGUUGAGCUGCCGACGAAGCCCACCGCCCCGUCUAAGGAUCCGGUUGGCACCUUCGAAGAUGACGACGUGGCGAAUGAGGAGAAAUUACUUCCUCCAGAGGCAAAGAAAAUCCUCAAGGAUCAGCUCAGCAAAAAAGCCAUUGAGGCUGCUUAUGAGAAGGAGGAGCGAGACUCGCUGCCCAAAGAAAUCCCAGGCACGACUCCGCAGGGGCCUUUCUGGCCUCCUCCCAGCACUGCACCUCCUGUCCAGCCAAUUCCGCCUCGCCCAGGUGAGGCAAAUUACAACUAUGGUUGGGUGCCACCGGAGGAAAGGACACCCUACAGCCCACCCUGGCCCGGAGGAGGCCCGGAAGUAGCGGUGGACCGUGCAGAGGCCGUGGUUGAGGAGAUCAACGACGAUGCAAAUGCUGUCAUUAAGACUGCAGAGGACGCCGUUGUGAACACGGCCAGGACUACAGAAAAUACUUUGGCUAACACGACCGUCUAA